AUUUGUGAAGUUAAGUGAACACAUAUUGUCGUUUCUGUGUAUUUAUUUUUGCUUUAUUUCCAUUUUCAGAUUCAGAAUGGGGCGCCGACCAGCUCGGUGUUACAGAUACUGUAAAAACAAGCCUUACCCAAAGUCCAGGUUCUGUCGUGGUGUGCCAGAUCCUAAAAUCCGUAUCUAUGACUUGGGUCGAAAGAAGGCUUCUGUAGAGGACUUCCCUCUGUGUGUUCACCUUGUGUCAGAUGAAUAUGAACAGCUAUCCUCUGAAGCUCUGGAAGCUGCCAGAAUCUGCGCCAACAAGUACCUGGUGAAAUUCUGUGGCAAAGAAUCCUUCCACAUGAGAAUUCGGCCUCACCCAUUCCAUGUGGUCCGAAUCAACAAGAUGUUGUCGUGUGCUGGGGCCGAUAGGCUCCAGACUGGGAUGCGUGGUGCGUUUGGCAAGCCCCAGGGCUUGGUUGCCCGUGUGCACAUUGGCCAGCCUGUCAUGUCCGUUCGUGGCAGGGAUCAGCAUCUCGCCAGCAUCAUUGAGGCCCUGAGGAGAGCCAAGUUCAAGUUCCCUGGCAGACAGAAGAUCUUUGUAUCCAAGAAGUGGGGCUUCACAAAGUGGGGUCGUGAGGACUACCAGAGGAUGCGUGAGAGUCACCACCUCAUAUAUGACGGAACUACCGUCCAAUACAAGCCUGACAAGGGUCCCCUUGCCGCUUGGAAGACACGCAUGGAGAAAAUCUAUGGAUAAUUUAUUGUUACAGACUACCAUGCUUGGAAUAAAUAGAGAGAAAAA